AUGAGCCAAAUGCAAACAUUGAACUCGAAGAGCAUUCGUAAAGGUCCGAAUCCAAAUAAAGUCGUUAUCCAAGACAAUGGCCAUGAGAAGAAGACGGCGCCAGCUGCACCGACGCCAAAGACCGAAGUGACCGCGCCACCGCCGACCGAAGGAUUCAAGAUUAAGGAUGAGGUGGAGAUGCUUCGUGCCGGAUUCAAGAACAAGCAUGGAGAAGCUGUAAAAUCACAGGGACAAACCAUGAAUAUUGAACUCUAG